AUGGCGCCUGCGGCAUCGAUCGCUCAAGCGACUAACAAAGUCAAACGGCCUAUGUCUAUUCAAACAAACGGCAUCAAUUCAUCGACUUCGUCUCCGUCCCCAUCAAUGUCCGCUGGAAGACUACCAUCCGGUUCCAAAAAUUCCCAAAACUCAGCUGCAACAAAUGGCGCUGGAAACUCUUCGGGAGCUCGAUCUGCGAAUCGAAAUCGCUCAGGGCACACACUUGGUCGAGGAAUGAAGAAUAAUAGUGCAGGUAUAAGAUCUGGCAGUGUUGCAGAGGAAUUCGUUAUACAACAAGUUGCGCAAUCACAACCAUAUGUCAAAACUGAGCACUAUAUUCUUCACAAAUACCGCAAAAGCCCCCCCUCUCUGAUCAUACACCUUUACGCGACGCAUUUCCGAUUCGAUCAACAACAAAACAGUUUUUCCUACACUUCUCCAAUGAGAGUACUCCUGGAUCACCUCAGACAGAAAACCAUACCUCAUGAGUUGGUGGAUUAUUUUAUACUGAACGAAGUAGCUUUCUACGAAGGUUGCAUGAUUGUCCAGAUCCUCGAUCACAAAUCUGUUGCUCCCCAACAACCCUCAUCUCAACCGAAGGAGGGAAGUAAGGAAGGCGUUUCGAUUCAUACACUCAGUAGUUAUAUUACACCAUCUCCAUAUGCCUCGUACCCUCGACCCGACUUAGAUAGAAGUAGAUCGUCGAAAGAACAGAGUAACGAUGGCUCCACGAAAUCAAGAACAUCUGCUCAGCAAGAUAAGGAGAAUAUGCCUGCGCCGGGCACCUCGAACGAUUCCCAGAAAAAUAAAACAGUCCCUGCACCAGCAAAACUCAAAGUGACAACGUGCGUGCUGUUCCCAACACCUGUUAGUACCUAUGUCGAAAUUGCUCGUAAUUCUACUGCACCUCAUACACCAGAUGUGGACAAGCGCCAAGAACGUUCCGAAGGAAGUACAUCAGCUACAUUAGCGCAACCACCUACACCACUUGGAGCUGUCCCGCCAACUCCCGGCUUGAAUAUGCCACCAGCCGCGAAAAGAUUGAAACUGGCCAAAUCUGAGUUCAAUUGCGGCAAUAUAUACGCAGCAGAAGCUCAGAUUAUCCUAGCCACUACAGCCCCCUUGGCUCUCGAGCCUGCAAACAGUGCAACAGAAUGUUCACGGCUGCUAGAAUCAUUAGCUCAUCCUAUGCACUUGGAGAAGCCUCCUCAGCCCAAGUCCCGUAAAAGGACAGUCGCAGAAAUGGCUGCUGAUGAAGCGCUUGCUGCAGACGAACAACGCUAUAUGCUCAUUUUGGACGAACAACGUUUUGCAACUGUUGCCCGGGGCGCCGGAGGUAUUAAUGUAGCUGAUGGUGCUGGCCAGGCUGGUGGUGGAUUCGAAGCCCGAUUUGAGAAAUUUAAUGCUCUCACCAAUAUCAGAAAGGAUAUCGAAGACAAGAAAGCCUUGAAGAAGGCAGCGGAAGCAGAGGCACAGCGAAAGUCUAAGGCAGAGGAGGAGAUUCAAAGGAAACAAGAGAUAGCUGAAGCUCGACAAAAGGAGAUAGAAAGACGUCAAAAUUUGGCGGCAAGACAACAGGCGGCGCAGCAACAAGAAGCUCAGCGACGCGCCAUAGCUCAACAGCAGCAGCAGCAGCAGCAUUCACAGGGUUUGCAGGGUAUGCCUCCUCAAACGCAAGGCCCCCAUGCACAUCCAUCUCAACCCAAUGGAAUCGUCUCAAAUGGUAUGCAGGCGCAACGGUUCCACCCUCAUCAAGGUACCCAGGCCCAAAUGUCUUCACCAAUCGUUCGAAAUGGAACUCCGCACAGCCAGGCAUCGCCGACAGUCAAUAACGGUAUCGGCAAUAACCCAAUGCAACACUCUACGUCGAGCAUGGGUGGCAGUCCCCCUCGUCCAGGCUCUGUUGUUCACCAAAACCAUCCUGCACCCAUUGCAGCUCAUGGUAUGGUGGCUCAAAGAAGCCAGCAAAGCCAUGCAGGAACACCUCGUAUGCAUAAUGCGACUCCUAACAUGCAAUCCACUCCUUUGAAUCGCGGACUCACACCAAGGAUGAGCCAAGGGAGCCCACUGCAAGGCGUGAUGGCCCAAGCACCUGGAAUGGGCCAGAUUGGAAUGAAUUCGGCUCAAAUGCAUGUUCAAGGUAUAAAUAGCAUGUCGCCCGUCGAAACGCAACAAUAUUUGAUGGCGUUACGAGCUCAACAACAGCAGCAGAUGCAAGCUCAAAGUAUGAGAGUAAUGCCUAACGGACAGCAAUUGACUCCUCAUCAAAUAAUGCAGCACCAACAAAUGAGGCAAAUGCAGAUGCAAGCGAAUGCUAAUAACCCCAACCAUCAAUUGGCUCAAAAUUAUCAGAAUCAAUUAGCUGCUAUGCGACAAGCUGGCAUGCCUCAGAAUAUGAACAUGAAUCAACAGUUCAUGGGGAACAACAUGAACAUGCAGAAUAUGCAGGGCAUGGCAUUACAGCAGCAAAUGCAACAACAGCAGCAACAACAACAAUUACAAAUGCAGCAGCAGCAACAACAACAACACCCCCAGCAGCAGCAACAAAUGAACCCACAGAUCGCCAUGGCACAACAAUAUAUGCACGCUAACCCGAUGCAAACCCAUCAGCAGAUGGCCGCUGUAUAUAAGCAACUUUACAAUAGAGAGAUGGCAUCUGGCGCACAUCCUCAAGGCCUACCAGACCUCUUGAAAAAGAAAUUACAAAUGCAAGCCCAGAACAUAGUACUCCAAAACUUCAAAGCGAAGAUGCAAGCGGGUGGGCAGCAAGGAUUCCCGCCAGGUAUGCAGAUGCAAAAUGGUAUGGGUAUGGCAAGACAACCAGGCAUGUAG